GCUCUUUUCAUCAGAAGUUCUCUAGACCUUUCUCUCUAAUCAUCUUCUUCUUCCUUUCUUCUUCCUCUCUUCUUCCUCUCUUUCUCCCAUUCAAUUCAUUUCUUCUAAAUUCCGAAAUUCUCUGAAUCUUUUUGUUCCAUCCCCUCUUUGCUUUUUACCGGAACGCAUUCUCGGUUCAUUUAUUCACAGCCGUUCGUGUCUUCUCCAUCUUCUUCCUUCACUGCUAUUUCAAUUCUCUACUCGGUUGUUAGAUCCAUGGAAAAUUUUGGAAACGACUUCCUUGAUUAUCUUGUUGAUGAAGAUUAUUACGACGUGGCUAAUUUCGAUGACGACUCCUCUUUUGGCGAUGACGAAACGCAGAGGAGUAGCGAUGUAGAUUCUCUGGACUCUGAUUUCGAAGAUGACUUUGAGAUGAGCAAGUCCAGAACUGAUACGUCUGCAUUGGACGCUAGAAAUGGGAAAGAUAUACAAGGUAUACCUUGGGAGAGGCUUCAUUUUACAAGGGAAAAGUGCCGUGAGACACGUUUGAAACAGUACAAAAACUAUGAGAACCUCUCACGCCCUCGCGAAGACCUCGAAAAGGAAUGCUUGCAAGUAGAGAUGGGACAUGCUUUCUAUGACUUUCAGUUCAAUACCAGACUUGUCAAGUCAACAAUUGUGCAUUUCCAGCUGAGAAAUCUGUUAUGGGCAACUUCCAAGCAUGAUGUAUACCUAAUGCAGAACUAUUCAGUAUUGCACUGGUCUUCAUUGCUUCGAAGGAGCAAAGAAGUACUAAAUGUAGCUAAACCAGUUGUUCCCACUCUGAAACUCCCUGGAUUGAUGUCUCAGUCACUUUCUAGAGUUCAGAUAAGCACCAUGGCGGUUAAAGAAAAUCUGGUUGUUGCUGGUGGUUUUCAAGGGGAACUUAUUUGCAAGUACCUAAAUCAUCCAGAGGUUGCAUUUUGCACAAAGGUUACAGCAAAUGAGAAUGCUAUCACCAAUGCUGUGGAUAUUUAUCGUGAUUCAGUAGGUGGAACAAAGAUCAUGACGGCAAAUAACGAUUGCAAAAUCAGGAUUUACGAUGCGGAGUGUUUUUCUUCCCUUGGUUGCUUCUCAUUUGACUGGUCUGUAAAUAACACAUCCGUCAGUCCAGAUGGUAAGAUGCUUGCUGUUCUUGGGGACAGUCCAGAUUGCUUGAUCACUGAUGUGAAUUCUGGCCGAGCUAUUGGAUGCCUUCAAGGGCACUUAGACUAUUCAUUUAGCUCAGCAUGGCACCCAAAUGGCCGUAUUCUGGCCACAGGAAACCAAGAUACAACCUGUAGGCUAUGGGAUGUGAGGAAAAUGUCGGAGUCCGUGGGUGUUCUAAAAGGAAGGAUGGGAGCUAUAAGAGCUAUAAAAUUCACAUCGGAUGGUAGAUUUAUGGCUAUGGCUGAGCCAGCAGACUUCGUCCAUAUCUUUGAUACCCAGUCCGGGUACGUUGAAGGCCAAGAGAUUGAUAUGUUUGGAGAAAUAGCAGGCAUAUCCUUCAGUCCUGAUACUGAAUCUCUUUUUGUUGGUGUGUCAGAUCGAACCUACGGUAGCUUAUUAGAAUUCAACAGGAGACGUGAGAAUAGGUAUCUGGACAUCAUGAUUUAAAGCAACCAUUCUUUUGGUGAUGUGAAUGUACGUGUAAAUAACUCUCCAAGAAUUUGUAUGUGGAUUAUUAUGUAAAAGGGAAAGGAGAAAAAGGUUUGUAUAUAGAAGUUGAGAGAAAAGAGAGGGUUUGGCUGUUGGGAUUUCAAGUUCAAAGUUCGGAGCUUCAUUGAUUUCAAUGAAAUAUUCAAAGUUCUCUUUUCUGAUCUUAAAA